AUGGUUGGAGAGUUGGUCAAGCGACCAGAGCAUGAACCAAAGGCGUACGCAGUCAUGCCAUUCGUCUGGAGCAUUGGUACUAUCAUUGGCCCGUCGAUUGGUGGAUACUUUGCUGAGCCCGCUCGUAACUUCCCAUCUGUCUUCAGCCCCACAGGCCUUUUUGCGAAGUUCCCUUACCUACUCCCAAAUAUCAUCUGCGCUUCCUUGCUUCUGCUCUCCAUCUUCAUGGCAUACUUCCUUCUAGAGGAAACUCACCCGGACAAGCAGCCACGAGGCUACUUCGAACAAUACGAUGCGGCUGUCGCAGAGACACCUCUUUUGCCAGCUCAAGGCGCGACGGCCGAUGCGUCGGCAAACCUGACCGCGGAAUCUUACGGCACCUUCAACGCCGUGGAAGUCGAACACGACGAGAUCUGGCGGGUGCGCUCCAACGGCGACUGGGUUGAAUCUCCGACGAGCGAGAAGGUCUUCACACGUCCAGUCAUCAUGUUCGUCGUCGCCCUAGGUAUCUUCACGUACCAUUCCAUGACAUACGAUCACUUGCUCCCCAUCUUCCUCCAAGACAAACGCGCCGACGAUGACAUGAACGCGCUCGACCUUUCGCCUUCGUCAUUGGGAGGUGGGCUUGGCAUACCCAUCCAGAAUGUGGGCAUUAUUCUUUCCCUCAACGGCAUCAUCCAGCUCGUGAUCCAGGGUUUCGUCUUCCCUCUACUGGCGGAUUGCUUUGGUGUAUGGCGUCUGCUUCUCAUGGUCACACUGGCACAUCCGAUCGCAUACUUUAUUGUUCCUUUCUUACAGCUUCUUCCUGAGAACUUGGUCUAUCCUGGUCUGUUCGCUUGCUUGACCGUACGGAACUUGACGUCGAUUCUCGCCUUCCCCCUCCUUCUGAUCAUGAUCAAAGAAGCUACGCCCGAUAGAUCGCAUCUUGGAAGAAUCAACGGGUUGGCUGCAUCUACCGGUGCUGCCUGCCGCACAGUAGCAAGUCCCAUCGCCGGUUUGCUCUACGGCCUCUCUCUCGAGCUUCACUUCACGCCUUUAGCUUGGUGGGGUUCCGCUUUGGUUGCAAUUUGCGGAGCUCUUCAGGUGCCCUUUCUCAAUCGCGCAGCGCAUGAGUGUCACGCUCGAGUGCGUAACGUGGCUAGCGACUAUCUGACCAAGGAGCGUCGUCGGAGCGAAGUGGUUCGCAUUGUAGUAGAAGAUCAAGAGUAA